AUGCCAGUUAUAAGACAAGAAACUUAUACAACUGAGCAACCAGAUGGUACAUUAAUAACAACAACGACAAAAACUCGAACAAAAUACGUUAAUGACAUGGAAUACGGAUUUGGCUUUGGAACAGUCGAUCGAAACUAUUGUUGUCGACUAAAUGGAAUCCUUCGAAUUAUUGAAAUUGUAUGGGCAUUCAUUACAAUGGGUUUACUUAUCGUGUCAUUAAUUGUUUCGGUUUAUGGUCCUGGUCCAUUUCGAGGAAUUCUUUUUGGACAGACAUUUUUGUUAAUAUUUGCUGGAAUUGCAUUCUGUUUUUCAUUCAUCUUCCUUGUUGUAUUCUUCUUCAAUUUGCAUGAAAGCCAUUUGGAUUUUUGGCCAUGGCGAGUAUCGGAUUUGUUGUUUUCAUCAAUAUCAUGUGGAAUUUAUAUAUUGAUGGGAUUCAUCGAGGCUUAUUAUGCAACUGGAGCUUGGUCAAAUAAUUGUAAUAGUAUUGGUAGUGAUGGAAUAAUUCAUAAUCACUGUCGAAUGAUUUACGAAUGGGCAUUUGCUGCGGUUAUUAAUAUUAUUAAUAAAAAUUCACUUUUACUUAAAUUUACUUCAACUAAAUUCAACUAA